ACCUGGCCACGAGGCUGUGUCAGUGCUCAGGGAGCUGCAGCCGGACCGUCCCGAAUUGACACAGGGGUCUGCGCUGUUCCGUAGCAUCUCUGUGCUCUCAGGACCCGAGAGAUGCGUGUCAGAGAGGAUUGCCAGAUGCUCUUAAACCAGAUGAAAGAGAUCACAGAAAUCCAGGAUUCAGCACUCCUGCUCGCAGCUCUUAAGGCUGCUAAUGGAGACCUGAUGGAAGCAGUCACCUUCCUGACAGAGGAGCAUGCUCAGGAGCCGGCGCAGGACGUGGCUGCUGCAGAGCCGUCUGCCUGGGAAGGGAGCGCGGUGGGCAAACAGCUCCCACAGGAUGUUAGUGCUGCGCCUGCCCCUCUCAACCAAGACAACCUUCACACAGCCAACACCGUCAGACCCCUGGAAUCACCAAAAGCUCCAGCUGCAGAAAGGGAUGCAGCCGAAAGACCACAGGACACGCAUUCCGCUGAAAACAAAAACCGCUCCAAAAGGAAACGCUGUGAAGUCUGGGGAGAGAACUCCAAGCAGAAUGACUGGAGAAGAGCGGAUGACUGGCCUGUUGGAAUGAAAAAUAUAGGAAAUACAUGUUGGUUUAGUGCUGUUAUACAGUCUCUGUUUCAGUUGCCAGAAUUCCGGAGGCUGGUCCUGGGGUACUCCCUCUCACAGAAAGUGCUUGAAAGUUGUCGUAGUCACACUGGAAAAAGAAAUAUCGCAUUCAUGCAAGAACUUCAGAGUCUGUUUGCAUUAAUGCUGGGGACACGGCGUAAGUUCGUAGACCCUUCUGCAGCACUGGAACUCUUGAGGGAUGUGUUUAGAUCUGCUGAAGAACCGCAGCAAGAUGUGAGUGAAUUUACGCACAAACUACUGGACUGGCUGGAGGAUGCAUUCCAGCUCACUGUGAAUGUCACGAGCCCUGGGGACAAAUCUAAAAACCCAAUGGUGCAGCUCUUCUAUGGGACUUUCCUGACUGAGGGUGUCCACGAAGGCAACACUUUUUCCAAGAUUGAGACCUUUGGUCAGUAUCCCCUUCAGGUAAAUGGUUAUCGGAACUUGAGUGAGUGCCUGGAAGGAGCCAUGGUGGAGGGAGAGAUGGAUGAGACGACAGCAUCUCAAUCAGUGAAGUAUGGACAAGAGCGCUGGUUUACAAAACUCCCACCAGUUCUGACCUUUGAACUCUCCCGAUUUGAGUUCAAUCAGUCACUAGGACAGCCAGAGAAAAUUCACACCAAGCUAGAGUUUCCCCAGACUAUUUAUAUGGACAGGUACCUCUACUGCAAUAAAGAGCUUAUUCAGAUGAAGAGAGAAGAAAUGAAGAGAUUGAAGGAGAAAAUGGUGAUUCUGCAACAGAAACUAGAAAGGUACAUGGAAUAUGGCUCUGGCCCAGCCCGCUUUCCACUGCCUGACAUGCUGCAGUAUAUGCUCGAGUUCAUCACUACAAAGCCAGCUGUGGCUGUUCCCUCUGCUCAGGGCUCUCAGACAACACUCCUGCACUCCCAAGCCGAGCCUCGUGUUUUGGACGUGCUUUCACAGCCCAAUGGCAUGUUAGAAAGGACGGAUACUAGUACUGAAGAUGGAGCUUUCUUUUUGGCAAAUUCUUCACCACAGCAAAACUCCAACAUGGAGCUCCAGUCUUCUGUUCCACCAGCAGAAUUGUCUGAACAUCCAGCUCCCCACGUGGUCUCUGAGGAGGAGCUGAACCUGGUUCGGACAUGUCUGCAGAGAUGGAGAAACGAGAUCAAACAAGAUGUGCAAGAUCUGAAGGAGUCUAUUGCCAGAACCAACCUGUCCAUCGAACAAAUGUACCUUGACCCUCUCCUACGACAGGUUCCCUAUCGUUUGCAUGCAGUCCUGGUCCACGAAGGGCAAGCCAAUGCUGGGCAUUACUGGGCCUUCAUAUACAACCAGCCUCGGAAGAAGUGGCUCAAAUACAACGACAUCUCGGUGACAGAGUCAUCGUGGGAAGAGCUGGAGCGAGAGUCGUUUGGAGGCCUGAGGAACACCAGUGCCUACUGCCUGAUGUACAUCAGUGACCAGGUGUCCUGUGUUGGUGCAGAUGAGGAUGAGGGCCCAGAGGCUGUACAGAUCCAGAAAGAAGUGGAAGCCUUGACCCCAGAACUGAGACAAUACAUCCAGAAGGACAACUGGCGCCUGGAGCAGGAGGCAGAGGAGUGGGAGGAGGAGCAGUCUUGCAAGAUUCCGCAGAUGGAACCUUCACCUGCUUCUGAAUCACAGGACCUCUCCUCUGAGUCAAGACCAGAUCAGUUGUCGGUCUGUGAGCAGAGUGUGCACUCCCUGUCCUCGGAGCACGCCAGGAUUGCCCAGGAGCAGACUGCCAAGGCCAUCGCCAACACUGCUGAUGCCUAUGAGAAGAACGGCGUCGAGGCAGCUCUGUGCGAGCCCAAGGAGGUAGAGCCGCUGAAGGCCCAGCCGGGAGAAACAGCCCUCACAGUUCAGGCAGAGCAGCCCCAGGAUUCUCAGGAAGCAGAGGCUGCUGCCCAAACUAGCUCACAGGUCUCUGAAGUGGAAAUCCCCAGUGUGGGGAAGAUUCCCGUUAGAUCUGAUGCAGACGGAUAUAAUGAGGAGGCGUUCCACGAGGAGUACUCCCGGCUGUACCUGCUUUCCAAAGAGACCCCGACCCCCCAGAACGACGCCCGGUUGCAGCACGUGCUCAUCUACUUCUUGCAGAACAACGCUCCACAGCAGGUGGUGGAACGGACCCUCCUUGAGCAGUUUGCAGACAAAAACCUCAGCUAUGACGAGCGGUCCAUCAGCAUCAUGAAGGUGGCACGAGCAAAGCUGAGAGAAAUUGGUCCUGACGACGUUGACAUGGAGGAGUACAAGAGAUGGCACGAGGACUACAGCCUUUUCCGUAAGGUGUCCAUUUACCUGCUGACGGGGUUGGAGCUCUACCAGAAUAGAAAGUACCAGGAGUCGCUCACCUACCUGGUCCACGCCUACCAAAGUAAUGAGAAGCUGCUGCUGAAGGGAACCAACCGAGGCGUGAACGAGUCACUGAUCGCCCUGUACAGAAGGAAGUGUCUCCUGAAGCUGAAUGAGGUGGCAGCCUCUCUGUUCGUCAGCUCUGAAGAAGCUCGUGUGUCAGAGGGCGUGAGCAUCCUGAAUGAGCAGAUCAUCCCUUGCAUGCACCUCAUGAACAACUUUGAUAUCUCCAGAGAGGACCUGGAUGCCAUCGAGGUCAUGAGGAACCACUGGUGCUCAUAUUUGGGACGAGAAGACAUGGACGCAAAGCUGCAGCUGAAGCUGGGCGAGCUGCUGCCCCGGCUCCUCGAUGGCUCCACCGAGGUCAUUGUGCUGAAAGAGCCCCCGAAGAUCUGGCCCAACUCCCCCUACGACCUCUGCAGCCGCUUUGCGGCCGUGAUGGAGUCCAUUCAUGGGGCCUCGACCGUGACCGUGAAAUAGCCCACAGACCACUCGCUGUGCCACAGUGUCACACUGCUCACCUGCCCGGGGCCUCCAUCGGGUAGUGCUGGAGCGGGAGAGGGGGCAGUUUGGCUUCCGAGCUGUGUUCUUUGUAAAUAUAAGUGAAUAAAAAGCAGUAUUGCACUUCUGAGGCAGAAAGUGAGGCAGUAAUGAGAAGGACCUGGACGACUGUUGUAGCAUUGAGGCACAGGCCCCAGCAGCACCACAGGGCCCAGCCCAGCUUCAGGGGUUCUUCUGUCCUGACAGCUUUCUAGAUGUGACCCCUGGGCCUGUGAUGGCACAAGAGCCCGGCUCCUCUGUGCACAGUGCUGCACGUUGUCACUGGACUGUCAGAUACUUUUACAGCUCCCUGAAUGGUCACUGCCACAGGUUGCACGUUGUGAUCCAGCCGGGCUCCUGCUCGCAGGAGCCUGGGCUGAGUGAGGAGGAGGCAGCGAGGAGCGGCAGCUCACUCUGUCGUGUGGGCAGUCGUGCAUGCAGCUGCAUGUUGUGGUCAAGCCAAGCAGGCUUUUGCCUUUUGUAUUCCAGCUGGCACCAGAAAUCACGCAGGAGCCUUUCUCGGAGAGGCACAGGCAAAUCCUGGUGGUGAAGAGCCAGGACGGGGCUGUGAGUUUGUGCUGGGCGGGAGCUGACUGACUCGGGGCAAUCACACCACCCCAAAGGAUAUUCCUCUCACAGCUGGAAGGCAAACUUUCUUCUCCCCUUGGGUGGAGUGUCAGGGCUGGAUGAGUGUCGCUGACAACUGUGAGGGCUCAGAUCAGCCCAUUGUGUUGGUGGUGGGUUUUUUUGUUGACUUUGUUAACGAAGUGCCCUGUUGGCAUUUCCUUUUGCGGGGGCCCUGUGCUUGUGUUUAAGCUGUUUGAGCUGCAGCAGCUGUUGUAAGCCAAAAGUUCUGAGUCAGUGGAGGGAGAUCCUGUUUGUUGGGACUAUGCAGAGUUUUCUAACAGUGCAAUAAAAGCAUUUGUUCUAUGUUAGAAUGAAAAA